AUGGGACCGUGUUCGGGCAAUGGUAUGGUGGCCAGGGGUGUGAAGUCAGAUGUAGCAAAGUAUGUUGCCGGUUGCGAUGUCUGCCAACGCGUGAAACAUGGUUCAAAAGGCAAAGCACCCCUGGAGAAAACUGACAUUCCAAAACAACCGUUCCAGCGCAUUCAAAUCGAUUUCGUUGGUCCCGUUCAAGCGUCAGUCCCAGAAGGCUUCACAUAUGUCCUUGCCAUACAGGAUGUAUUAACACGUUAUGUUAAGUUGGUCGCAGCGUCAGAUAAUUCGGCAGAGACAGCAGUUCGGGUGUUAAUAGAUGAAUGGAUAACUCAGUUCGACAUCCCUGAAGUGAUUGGUAGCGACCAAGGACCCCACUUUACCGCGACCGUCUUUGAAGCUACGUGCAAGGAACUUGGCAUCGAACAUGCGCUAGGAAGUCCCGAGCAUCCGCAGUCACAAGCACAAGUUGAGCGACAAAACCAGCUCUUUGCUAACGUUAGAGCGGUAUGUAAUAGGAACCCCGCAAGUUGGCCAAGGGCGAUGCACGCAGUGACGUUUGCCCAUAACACUUCAGCAAACAGGACCACCGGGAUAUCACCGCACGAACUGGUUUUCAAACAACAAGCGAGACGACCGUAAGCAUUCUUCUUGCCGGAAGAUUCUGCCGGCUCAGAUGAAGAAUGGAGACCGGAAGACGUGAAACAGGGUGGAGUCGCAGCUCAGGCUCGAUCUGAUGCCAAGAAGUUGGAUGAUGUUUUUCAACUGGUGAAGCGCAAGAUUUCUGUGGAACAGGACAAACGGAAGAAGAGAACAAAAACGGCAAUGAAACGGCCAUUCGAGAUUGGGGAAGGAGUUCGAACUCGUCUCACAGCUACAGAACGGAACAAACUAGGCGGUAAGAAGCUGGCAGAUUUGAAGAGUAAACGAUUUAUAGUAUUAGAGCGCCACGGCAACACUUACAAGCUGCAAGAGGAAAAUAACCCGUCCGGACGUGUGAAACAAAGGCAUUUUAACGAGCUGGAGCCAGCCCCACCACAAGUCCUGUCGUGGGAAACUGAAGAGUCAGAUGACCAGGCAGACAACUAUGAGUCAAGUAGCGAUUCGGAAGGUGAACCACAACCACCAAGGCGCAGCACUAGAGGACGACAACCAACUAAACGUCUUCAGGUUGAUUGGCAUCAACAACAAUACGAACAGCGCGAAGCAAUGGAAAUAAACGAUGAACUGUUGGACUGA